CACUGACCUUGAUUGACAACAUAAAUUUUUAGAUUAUUUAUACAUCAACUAAAUUUUUUUAAAAAAAACUAUUGCAUGCUAUUGCAACUAUAUAUUAUCAUAUUUUUUUUGUUGUUUUUACUGAACCCAAUCAGCCCCCUCUGUGCCUAGCACACCUAGAUAGCAACCAAAAUCCCAAACAUGUCAUGUGUUCCAAACCCAAAUGGACCCAAAACGGAAACCCACCAACCCAACGGGUCCGGUUCAUGACGGCAUCCAAGAUCCAGAACCAAUUUAAUUCAUAAUCAUAUGCCCUCACCUAGCUUCCAGAUAUCUCUUCACCUAGCUUCCAGAUAUCAUCCCUCUUUGCCCGAGCCGAUCGCUAUGAAAUGGAACAAGACAAGAUUCCAGACAAGCGGUUCUGUCCACCUUUCAACACACUCCCCCUACGUGCCACUCCUCCCAACCUCCCUCCUCCCACGUGUCCACACUUUUCUACCACCUUUCUUAUUAUAACCUCCUCUCUUCCCCAUGCCACCGCCUCCAUUCGCCUCUCCUCCCCCCAUUCUUGUUUGCAGAGUUCUCAUACCAAGCUAUAUAUAGAUAUAGGACUCCCAAGGAGGAAGAAGAACAGGCUGAGGAACAAGUAGAAGAAGAGAGGAUCCAAUACUCCAUCCAACCAUGCCGGCUCGCCCUCGUUUCACCUUCGGCCGGACCGAGGAUGCCGUCCACCCCGACACCAUGCGCGCCGCCCUCUCAGAGUUCAUCGGCACGGCCCUCUUUGUAUUCGCCGGCGAAGGCUCCGUCCUUUCCCUCGAGAAGCUGUACAGGGACACCUCCACCGCUGGCGGCCUUGUGAUGGUUGCCAUAGCCCAUGCCUUGGCCUUCUUUGUUGCAGUCUCCAUCGCCUUCAAUACCUCCGGUGGGCACAUCAACCCGGCUGUCACCUUCGGUGCCCUUGUCGGCGGCCGGAUCUCCGUCAUCCGUGCCAUCUACUACUGGGUGGCCCAGCUCCUUGGAGCAAUCGUAGCUUCACUCCUUCUAAGGCUCACAACAGGAGGCAUGAGGCCGCUGGGGUUCUCACUGGGAUCAGGCAUUGGAGAGUGGCAUGCAGUAGUGCUCGAGAUCGUGCUGACGUUCGGGCUGGUCUACACCGUCUACGCCACGGCGAUCGACCCGAAGAGAGGACAUCUCGGCACCAUUGCACCGCUUGCCAUAGGCUUCAUCGUCGGAGCAAACAUCCUCGCCGGCGGCCCAUUCGAUGGUGCUUCGAUGAACCCGGCACGGGCUUUCGGUCCGGCGCUCGUCGGCUGGCGGUGGAGGAGCCACUGGGUGUACUGGCUUGGGCCUUUUGUGGGUGCCGGACUUGCAGGGCUUAUCUAUGAGUUCCUUGUGAUCCCCGCGGAGGCUCCCCAUGCUCACCAGCCCUUAGCUCCUGAAGAUUACUAGAUAGUCCGAUCCGAAGUGUGCGAGUUCGUCUGAUCCGUUGUUUUGUUUCUGCUUCAGUUGUUUGAUCGUGUGUAGUGGUUUGUAGAACGGUAUUUCUGGGAACGCCAACCUCCUUCCAAUGUCCAUGGUUAUCAUCACUAAUGUACUCGCUUUUGUGUGUGAGAGAGCGUGUUCUGUAUCGGAUGAAGAGCAAUGCCAUUUUAGAGUUCUGG